AACUACCCACGUGCGCUAGAUCGCGGCUUCUUAUGGCCUGGCUGCUGCAGCGGGUGGGCCUUGACUUCAAGCUUUCGGUCCAAGCUCGCUCGCCCAUGCACGCACGCACAUGAACGCAGAACCUGCAAACUUCUGUUCCUCGCCUCUCAUUCUUUGCAUCCUCUCCCAACUCUAUUCUUACUGAUCGCUUGGCCUUCGUGGGAGCAAUUGCGCUGAUAACUCUUUCAUUGCUUGCCCAGCAUGAGGUUCGGUCAGCAGCUCAAGCAGUCGCUCAACCGAGAAUGGAUGUUCAACUAUAUCGAUUACGAGGGUCUUAAGCAUACCUUGCGCGCCCCCCGCCAUUGGGACCACGAGGCCGAACAGAGCUUUGUUGAGCAGCUCGAGAAGGAGCUCGACAAAGUCUACACCUUCCAGCAGGUAAAGGCAGAGGAGAUUAUUCGUCGCAUCGCCUCAUCCGAGAAGGAGGUCAACGAGUGCGUAUCUAAGCUGGACAACCACGUCGACGAACAAGACCUGCCCUCCGACGACGACUUCGAGCUUCUUGAGGAGGAUGUGAGCGAUGUCAUUGCUGAUGUCCAUGACUUGGCCAAAUUCACCCAGCUCAAUUACACGGGGUUUCAGAAGAUAAUCAAAAAGCAUGAUAAAGUCACUGGCCUGAUCCUGAAACCUGUCUUCGCAACACGAUUAAAGUCCAAAGCCUUUUACCAAGAUAACUACGAUGCCUACGUACUCAAGCUCUCCAAGCUCUACGAUACCGUGAGGACGCGAGGGAACCCGAUCAAAGGCGAUUCGUCUGCUGGUGGAAAGCAGCAGAACUUUGUUCGCCAAACAACAAAAUACUGGGUACAUCCAGAUAAUGUCUUGGAACUCAAACUUAUCAUCUUGAAGCAUCUGCCUGUACUGGUCUUUAACGCGAGCAAGGACUGGAGCGAGGAUGACACUGCCAUCUCAUCAAUCUACUUCGACAACACUGAAACAUGGGAAUUGUACCAGGGGCGGCUCAAGAAAACAGAAGGCGCUGAAGCUAUUCGUAUCCGUUGGUAUGGUGGUAUGGAAUCCGAUACCGCUUUCAUAGAGCGAAAGACGCACAGAGAGGAUUGGACCGGCGAAGAGUCAGUCAAGGCGCGUUUCAAACUCAAGGAGAAGAAUGUCAACGCCUUUCUGCGUGGAGAACUCACACCAGAGAAGAUAUUUGAGAAGGAGCGCAAGGACCGUAAGAGGCCUGAGAAAGACAUUGCAUCUGAUGAACAACUCGCCCGGGAAAUCCAGUACCGUGUGCUUACGCGCAAGCUGGGACCCGUCACUCGGUCUUUUUACCACCGUACAGCUUUCCAGCUGCCUGGCGAUGCCCGCGUUCGCAUAUCGCUUGACACAGAAUUGGCAAUGGUGCGCGAAGAUAAUCUUGACGGUCGGCAACGGGCAGGUGACAACUGGCGCCGAAUGGACAUAGGGGUCGAUUGGCCCUUCAAGCAAAUCCCCAAAUCAGAUGUGGAACUCUUCCCCUACGCUGUUCUAGAGGUCAAACUGCAGACACAAGCUGGACAGGAGCCGCCGCAAUGGAUUAGGGACCUGACCGCCUCCCAUAUCGUAGAAGCAGUGCCCAAGUUCUCCAAAUAUAUCCAUGGAACUGCAACCCUCAACCCCAAAAGGAUCAAUCUCAUUCCUUAUUGGAUGCCACAAAUGGACAUCGACAUCCGCAAACCUGUCAGUCACAAUUUUGGUAUCGAGAGAUCAGGCGCUAGCAACGACAUUAGCACUAGCGGUAAUAUGGAUGAUGAUAGCGACGAUGAGGACGAUCUUCCACCAGCCAUCGACGGAAAUCAGGAUGAUGAAGGAUUGCGAAGGCUUCGCGAGGCACGCGACUUGAGAGAACAGAAUGAAUCCGAUCUUCGACGGGAUUAUGGCACAAUUGCAAACAGUGAGGGGCCCAACGCCCUGGACGUUGAGGAACGCAUUUCAGCACAGCAAUUACACCAGAACGACUAUCCCAUUUAUGACUCUGAUAGCGACGAUGAAGACGAGGACGAACUAGAAGUCGCACGGCGAGAAGGGGGUAUAAAGUACCACUCUCUUGUCGUCAAGCGAACUGCAAAGAAGGUCGGGAAUGGACUGGUUAAUGGCCUAAUCGCUAUCAUUCCUCGACCACGGCCAACUGAUGUUGGAGACGGCGGAUUUCAAUUAGGUGUGCCUACCUGGAAACAAGCAGGCGAAAUGAAACGCUUCAAAGCUCCAAAGGGAAAACGCAUCCACGUCCUCGUUCGCGUCGAACCGAAAGUGCAACUCGCUACCGAACGUACAUUCCUCUCGUGGCUCGAAUUCAGCAUCAUCCUCGGCUCCAUUGCGGCAACCCUACUUAACUUCGGAGAUAACCUGGCCAUCGCGGGCGCCUGGGGCUUCACUAUCAUCGCGUGCUGCGCGCUGCUGUACUCGGCUGGACUCUACCUAUGGAGAGUCCGUAUGAUCCGCAAGAGACGGGCCGUCACGUACCACGACCGCAUCGGACCUACUCUCCUUUGUCUCGGGCUGUUCGUUGCUGUCGGAGUCAGUUUCGGGUUUAGGUUGGGCGAGGGUGGGUUCAGUGGGGGUUUGAAGGAUGGUGGGAUGAAGGGAUGA